UUGAAUAAAUUUUUUUUUCUGUGUAUAAAACAUUGUAGUUAUCGAUAUAUGGUCACAGGAAGAAAAAGCUCUAUGAUCAAUUUAAAUAAAUAAAUUAAUUAAAUCGUACUAGAUCCAACCAAGAUAAAACUGUGUACGGAAUAAUGAGCUAGUAAUUAUGAAAAUUAACAGUCACGCGACCAAAUCGCACUGGAUCUUUUAAUUGACAUUCGAACACUCUUCACUAGUCUUCAUUGCGUGUUGAUACUGCAAAGUUGUACUUCAGUUCAUGGAAUUUAUUCCUUUAUAGAAAAUAUUUAUUUUAAAAACGUGAAUUGUGGAACAAUGUAUUACAGUAAAUACGAUUCAGUAUAUGAUAAAACUUUCGUUAUUUUUCAAAAUAUCAUAUUCAGAAUAAUGGGACUGUCGCCAUGGACAUUAAAUGUUUCGAAAAUGCACUGUAAAAAUCGUAGCAUCGAUGUUCCGGAUUACAAGUGUCAAUUUUCUUUAUUAGGAUGUUUGUACAAUAUUUCAUUGAUAAUUUCACUGAUCUGCUUAACUGUUUACAUGAAGUUUAUUGCAUUAUCUGGAAUCCAUACCGAUGGUCUCAUUACCAAACGGGCAAACUUAAUUUUAUUUUCGUUUGACACGGCUAUUGUGUGUGGCAUGUUAUUAAUGUACGUCAUAAACAACAAAGUGAUGAUAGAAAUUCUUAACCGAUUGAAAGACGUCGAUCAAAAACUGGAAAAGUGCGUGGCUUACGAAUGUCAAACUAACCGAAGUAUUUUUUUGAUAAACUUUUUUGUAAGCAUUUGCUAUGGAUUUAUUAUAUUGUAUAGCAGCCCAUCACUAGAAAUGUUUCAAGCACAACUUUCGGCUUCUAUUACUAGCUGGAUAUUAACGCAAUACACACUUCUGAUGGAAAAAAUUGUAAAGCGAUUUAAAAUGAUAAAUCUUGCUCUAUCCAAACUUGAUAUCCAAAAGAAAGAUACUUCUAUGUCAGAACGAUUAUCUGCAAUAUAUUACAAUUCAUUUCAGCAAAUACUUAUUUAUGAAAUUGACAGCAUUAAAUAUGCUCAUUUCGAGUUGUGCAAAAUUUGCCAGGAAAUUAACAAUUUCUAUGGAGUGAUUAUGUUAUUUUUGAUUAUUGAUUGUAGUUUUAUGAGUGUGAUAGUCUUGUAUGUUAUGACUUUUUCAUUUAACAAUGAUUUUGAAUUCGAUAUUAUCUAUAUUACGGAUAUAAUAUGGAUACUGUGGAUAACUUACAAUUUCCUUCUUUUUACUGUUUUUAUCGCUUCAACAGAGGAAGAGAGCCAAAAAACGGCAGAUGUUAUCAAUCUACACAUGGACCAAUGCGCCAUGGACGAGAUAGUCGAAAAAAAAUUGUCCAAAUUUUCUCACGAUAUUAUUCACCGGAAGCUCAAAUUUAUCGCAUGUGGUAUUUUCCCGCUAAAUCGUAAACUUUUGUCAACUAUCACUAGCACUAUUGUGACGUAUUUUAUCAUUUUGAUACAAUUUCGUACUAAGUCCUCAACCAAAACAGUAAUAAAUAAUUCGUCGUCAAAGAACUCUUCUUGAUUCAAAAAAUAUUUUCAAAAACAAUAACUACCUUGGUUUGAGUUACAUUUUUCUGCUUUGCACUGAUGUGGGUUUUAAAAAAGUUAUAAAAAUUAUUUUUUAUCCAAUAUAUUAUUUUUAAAUUGCUACUGUUAUAAAUCAACUCAUUAUAAUUCAGCUUUACAAAGAUGUAUACAAUAGAUAUUAUAAUAUCUAUCUAAAGAUGACACGCGUUAAUAUCCCCGGACAAAAUAU